CCAGCUCAAAGAGAGAUUUCUCUGCAGCCCCAUGUUUCUGUGUGAGCUGCGAGUAAACCCAGCCUGCUAAGCCUCAGGCUGCUUCCUCAUGACAUCACAUGGUCACAGACUGACUUAUCGAGUGUUCAUCUGUGAGGCAGGAUUUCCUAGUGAGCAGAAACAAAACAGUGCUGCGAUACUGAGCGCAAAGGAACGCUUCAAGUUCUGCACAAAGUUUUGAAAAAAAGAUUGAAACCUCCAGCCAGUUCUUAUCAGCCUGCAAGAGUGCCAGGCAUGGAGGAAGAGGAGGGCAGGACGAACGGUUUUGCACCGACCCCAGAGAGGAGAGGUUUAGACUGGGGCCACGUCGCCCUGCUGGACAAGACCAAGGAGUUCUUUCAGACCUGCGACGUGGAGGGGAAAGGCUUCAUCAACUGCACUGAUAUGAGGAGGCUCCACAGAGAGCUGCCUCUGUCUGCUGGAGAGCUGGAGGAUGUGUUUGACUCCUUGGAUACAGACCGCGCCGGUUACCUCACCCUGCAGGCUUUUUCUUCUAGAUUCAGUCAGUUUCUUCACGGGCGGAGAAUCUCCAUAACCGAGGACCAAAAUCCCACCCUGCAGCCCGUCUUCAAAGCAAAGGAAGCUCUUUACCAAAGCCAGUGGGAUGCCGAGCUGUCAGCAGUGGAAGAUGAGGAGGAGAGGCACUUCAGCAUGCUGCUGGACAGUCUGGGGGCCAGUAACGUGUUUGAGGAUCCAGGUGAGGUGCGCAGCCUGUGGGCCGAGCUCAGGAGAGAYGAGCCUCACCUCCUGUCCAACUUUGAGGAGUUCCUGGCCAGAAUAACUCACCAGAUUAAAGAGGCCUACCAGGAAAAGAAGGAGAUGGAGAGUGCUCUGCAGAGGAAGGCUGCGACACACGACGACGAGAUCCGUCAUUUGUACGAAGAGAUGGAGGCACAGAUUAAAAACGAGAAGGACAGACUUCUGCUACAGUUAGAGUUCCAGUGCCACGAGCUGAACAGCGAGAAGCACGACAGCCGYGUGGAGAACAUCAAGCUGAAGAUGACCAACGACGAGCUGUCCCGAGCGCUGGAGAGCAGCAGCCAGGAGCUGAYGCUGGCCCAGGAGCAGCUGGCUGCGCUGCAGGAGCAGGCCGCCCGGCUGCAGCACGACAAGGAGAUGGAAAUGUACAGAGUGACUGAAGGUCUGCAGAGGGAGAAGCAGAGUCUCAUGAAGCAGCUCGACCUCCUCAGAGAGAUGAACAAACAUCUGAAGGACGAGCGAGACAUCUGCUGCGGUCCUCAGUCCUCUCUCAGACACAAGCAGACACAGAGAGCAGACCUCGGUGAUUUGUUUGACACCACCCAUCCAGCAAAAAGAGCCCCRCUGUUGGUGGACGGGUCCUUCCAGUCUCUGGAGGCCUUGCCCGUAGAGCACCUUCAAAUCGUCUUUGUUGCUUCCUCCUCCUGCAGUGAAGACGACGCCCCUGCUGCUACCCCAACUAAACGUCAGCGUCGGCCCUCGGCGAAGAAGAAAUCCAGCUUAGCCAACGGUGACGUCUGCCCCGCUCAGCCUGAGGUGCACGACGGGAAGGCAAAGACCGGAGCGGGCAAAACCGCCAAGAAGCUGUCGAAAAACAAGGAAAGGACAAAGAAAACAGAGAGCGAGAGGGAGGAGGAGGUCCUGGAUGCGCCGGCAGACGGGUGGCCCCUGCGCCGAGUCAUCUCCAUCGAGGAGGACCACCUGCCUCACCUGCUUCAUGGCGGACCCCAGCCCUUAACGCGGCAGCUCAGUGAGGAGGAAGGGGUGAGUGAGGAUGAUUCUAGGCUUGACACUGCAGCCUCUGUGAAGAAAACCCACUUCAUAAACAGAACCCACGUGUCUCCAAGAGGACAACCUGUUGGGAAGGAGACCCCGCAGAAAACAAAAGAGCGAGAGCCGUUUGUCCCCGACCGUCUGUUUAAGGUGGUCCUGGUUGGAAACUCCAGCGUGGGGAAAACCUCCUUGCUGCGUUCCUUCUGCGAGGGGCGUUUCCACCCAUCCACCACUGCUACCGUGGGUGUUGACUACAGUGUGAAGACGUUAACCCUGGAUAAUAUGCAGAUAGCCAUGCAGCUUUGGGACACUGCAGGUCAAGAAAGGUACCACAGCAUCACCAAACAGUUCUUCCGGAAGGCCGACGGUGUGGUGUUGAUGUAUGACAUCACCGUGCUGGAGAGCUUCAAGGCCGUGCGACCCUGGCUCCUCAAUGUGCAGGAAGCAGCAGGUGAAGGGGUCCCCAUUCUCCUGCUGGGCAACAAAAUGGACAUGGAAAGGGAGAGGGAGGUGUCGUGUAAAGCUGCAGAGCGUUUGGCUUUUGAGAAAAAAGUCAUGUUCUCUGAGGUCAGCGCCUUCAACGGCAAGAACGUGACGGAGUCCCUGACCCACCUGGCCAGAGUGUUGAAGGAGCAGGAGGACAGAGUGAGAGCUACAACAGUCAUCCUCAGUGCCCGGCCCAUGAAGAAGAAAGCCUGCUGCAAGUAAAGCCAAACUGCCUGACAGCAACAAAAAAUACGUUUUAGAAGAAGUGAAGCUGUAUAAUCAAGUCACUGUUUGACCAGUUUACUUGGUUUGAGGUGUUUAUUUUAGCUAAGAAAGGCUAAAAUUCUAAUUUUACACUAAAAAACAAGGAGCUGCGUUAGAUUUAAAAUGUCCUCAUGGUCUUAUUUUACUGUUUCCUGUCUUUGAUAGUCAUAUAUACUGUAUGUUAUGUGAUAUAAUUUUUAAAAACAUUUUUACAUAAUAGAAAUAAAAAAACAGACCUGA